AUGUCAGGAGGAGCACGGUUUUCGUUCAUGGAUGAUAAUGAGGAAGCUCCUGAGUCCCCCGUCCCAGGAUCCUUUCCUUCUUCUUUUCCUCUUCCGAGUCCUGCGUCAUCCUCCAUCCCAGGAUCUUUUCCUUCUCCUCUUCCGAGCCCUACACCAUCCCUCGCCCCCGCAACGCCUUCCAGGGGAGCUCCGAGGUCGGAAACACCCAGUAUAUCUGAUGUACUUGUUGAUGAGAACGGGUCGGAUGCUAGUGUUGCUGACCCCAAUUCUGGGAACGCAACUCAAGAUAUUCCUACUGAUGUCGUACCUAUCCUCCCACCUGAGGGUUCGGCAGACAAUCCUCAACCCGCGAGUGCAGUCUCCACUCCCGGUAUCGAGGAAGUUUCUGUUGUCACUCACAAUUCGGAAACCCCCAUUAGAGAAGAGACACCAAUUCUUGAGCCUGAAACUCCCGUUCAUGAUAUGACACCGGGCGCUACUGAUACGCGAACCCCUACCCCCCCUAUUCCCAUCCAUUUUCUCCAAGAUCUUAGACCAUUAGAGAACCGGGCUCCUUCAAGAUCAUCUCGCAUCCAUCUUCCGGACCUCGCAGAAAUGCUCCCCGAGGAGCGAGCCGCUAUCACAGCCAACGAGUUUCUAUCAAGCGGCGAUCUCGAAGCGGCCCAUCAGGCGAUCACCGAUCUCAAAGAACUACUCAGCCAGGGGUCUAAUCUUCCUCUAUCUACAAAAGCUCAAGCCGCUGAAACGCUCGGCGCUGUAUUAUCUCAAAGGUUCGAGCAUUAUGGGGACGUCGACGACAUGGAGGAAGCGGUCGAAGCUCAGCUGAAACUAGCUUCAUUCUCACUGGAGAGCCCUGACCCAGAGCUGAGAAUAAAGAGCCAUGGGGGGCUGGGUCGUACUUUGGCUGCCCAAUUUGAGCACACCGCAGAUCCGGACUAUGCAGAGUAUUGGCUGACUUUGCCCGCAUCGAACUUGCCCAGUAUGCACGUUCCGACGAUGCACGGACGAUCGGAGUCUCUUGAGCAGGCGCUUGCACGGUGUGAAGAAGCACUUGACUCGGUUCCAACGAAUGCUCCUGAGCGAACGCCCUUAUCCGGACUACUGGGUGGUGCAUUACUAUCCCGUUUUGACCGAACCCAUAGUGCCGAGGAUGUUACUCGUGCAGUUGAAUUCCUAGGGUUUGCGGUUGAACAUACCCCGGAAGAAAGCCCAGAGCGACCGAAGCGAAUGCGCAGCUAUGGGGACGCGAUCAUGAUGCGUGCCAUGGUUCAGAACGACAUGAAUAGCUUGAAUACAGCAAUCAAUAUCCAAGAGAUGGCUCUCCGAUUACUUACUACCGAACAUGCUGCCUAUCCGGCUACAACAGGCAGUCUAGCCAAGGCCUUCCAUAUUCGCUACAGAGCCACAGGUGAUAUUCACGACCUAGAUAAAGCGAUUGAUUAUCUCAAGGUCACGGUCGAAUAUACACCGUUUACAGAUCCAGACCACGCACGUAUCACUGAUUUGCUUGGCAAGUCUUUCAUGGCUAAGUACAGAACAGCCGUUCAACCUCCCAGGACCCAAUACUUGAAUUAUGCUGUCGAAUUACAUCGCCAGGCUGUCGCACUUACUCCUUCAGACCAUCGACGUUAUGCGGGUCGGCUAGAGUCGCUUGGGAAAGCCUACUCAAAGAGGUACCGUUCUCAGCUUCGUCGCCAGAAUGCUCAGCAGAGUGAUUUGGAUGCGGCAGAAAGGUGUUUGAGGGAAGUAAUAGAGAGGGAUCCCAGCCGAAUCGAGGAUAUGCUUCGUGAGCUUGGUAAUCUUGGUCUUCAUUAG